GUAGCGGCAGAAGAAGAAGAAGAAGAAGUAAACAUUACACACAAAACUAGCGAGUACCUGAAGGCAACGCAAACUGUCAACAAGAGAAGUGCAGAGUUGUGUCUAAAUACGAGUUCGCCCACAAACAGGUCCGCUGGAGGUGCUUCGACCGGCCGGCUAACGUCAUGUAUCUCCGGCAGAUCGUGCGGACUCUGCCCGUGCGGACCCGCUUGCAGCGCGUCUGCCGGGCCGAGGUGACGCUAAGACGAGCCCUCUCCCCCCCGCAGAGGCCGCUGUGCUCCAAAGGGGUCGAGGUGAGCUCGGCCGAGGAGGCCGUCAGGACGCGCGGCUCCGCGGCCGCCACCAUCUUCUCCAGAGUGAUCGACAGAAGCGUCCCUGCAGACAUCAUUCACGAGGACGAGAAGUGUUUGGCAUUCAGGGAUGUCAGCCCACAGGCCCCUGUUCACUUCCUGGUUAUUCCGAGGGUCCCUAUUCCCAGAUUAAGUGAAGCCACAGAUGAGGAUGCAGAGCUCUUGGGGCAUUUGUUGGUUGUUGCCAAAAAUGUGGCAAAGCAAGAAUCUCUGGAUGAAGGAUACAGAGUGGUGAUCAACGACGGGAAGCACGGCGCUCAGUCAGUUUACCAUCUUCACAUCCACGUCCUGGGAGGGAGACAGAUGGCCUGGCCACCAGGAUGAGGCUUUCUGGAGUCUUUCACGUUCAACUCUACGAGCACAACCUCAUGCCGUCAUUAAAGAAGUUCUCCAAUGCAACAUCGCGAUCGUUGAUUUUGAAAACGAUGAGGAAUUAAUUUAAAGAAAUGUGGAUAUUAUGUUCAAUGUGGCUGCAAAUAAAGAUGGAAAAAUGAGAA